AUGAGUCACUCCUGGAAUAAUGGAGGACGUGUUCUGUACAGUCCUCUCUCAGGUAAGAUUUACGCCGAAAUAAGAUGCUCAUAGUCUGAAUAAUGACAGUUCUGUUAUUUACAUGCAUUUUCAACAAUCUUUUAACAGUCAAGUACAAAGGCUUGGUAAACCAGGGAGCGACUUGUUACCUGAACAGUGUGCUGCAGGUGCUUUUUAUGACUGAGGACUUCAGGGAGGCUGUGGAAAGGUUUGUUACAAAGUCCAGCUUCAUAUCAUAUAAAUGAUUCAACUUUAUUUGGUUCUCUUUGGGAUCGUUUUAUGACCACUCUGUCUUUACUUUGUUUAGGUAUCCUGGGACCGAGUAUAUUGACCUUCAGCUGAAAACCUUGUUUGAUGAAUUAAAAAAUCAAACUGCAGAUACUUUUCAGAUCACAGACAAGCUGGACAUCAAACAAGGUACAUGUUAGCACACAGAGAAAAAGAGCUUUUCAGGAGGCAAACAAACAUCUCUAUCCGAGAGUAUGAUGAGAUAAGAUUAAAAAUUCAUGUAGAAGAAUCUAAUGUUUAUAUUAGGAUCUGCAUUUAGUGCAAGAUUAGUGCCAUUUUACACUAAUAUGGGCCUACAAAAGAAAAAAAGGUUGGGGCCAUAAAACAUCAAAAAAAAGGUAAAUUUUUCAAAGAAUUCUGAAAUUAACGUCAGAUUUCUUUGUUUACAUGCAGAAUUCUGAUGUCAUUCUCAGAAUCACAGCUCUUUUCUCAGAAUCACAAAUCUGAGAAAGAAUCAGGAAUUUGUUAACUCCAAAUUUGUACUUUUUUCCAGACUUCUAAAAGAAAGAAUUGACAUGACAAUAAAAACUCAAAAAAACAAAACAAACAAAAAUUGAUUGAUUAAUUCAGAUGUCUGUCUUCAGUUUAAACUUGACAUUUUUUGAAACAUUUUCAGGAUUUUAAUCUGGAAUUUUGGAAUUCUUAGAUUAAGAGUUCUGAUUUUAAAGGCAGAAUACUCAGAAGAAAAAAAAGGCAGAAUUCCAACUUUAUAACUUUUAGUGGCCCUGAUUCUCUUCCACAAAAACCCUUGUCUAUAGAUCAAAUAUAGUAUGAAAUGACCUCUGCAAUAAUACAACGUGAGUUUUUUUUGAAGCUCUUUAUUUACAUGUUGAUGUCUCGUCCCUCUCUCAGUGUAUGAACAGCGAGAUGCUGCUGAGUACUUUGGGAAGAUUUUAAAUCUGACCAGCGAUGAGCCAUCACAGGUAAAACAGUUAUAAAGUCAAAGAAAUACUCUGUAAACACAAAGAAUAUUUUUUAGCCAGUGUCUGUUUUCUGUCCUCUUUAGAUCUUCUACGGGAAAAUGUCCAACAGGACUGAAUGUUCUGCAUGUGAAACACAGACUGACACAGAGAUGAAAUUUUGGCAUCUUCCUCUGACACUGUGGGACUCCUCCAACACUGUGGUAUGAAUCUGAACACAGGGCUGGGUCUGACCUAACCUUUGAAUUAAAUGUUGACAAACUCUCUUCAGUGUGACUUUUUUAAUGUUGAAUCCAUGCAGUUAGGUUUUAUGUAAUAGAAAUUAUCUUUUAUUUAUUUUAAUAAAUUUUGUUAAUUUCUUGAUGUUUGGUCUUGUUAGGUGAACAGUGUCAAGGAGUACUUCAAGCCUAUGUCAUUCAGCGGUGAAAACCGGUUGUAUUGUGACAAGUGUGAUGCCAAACGUGAUGCCACUGUCGUGAGUAAUGUCAUACUAUGUUUCCUGAUAUAACUGUACCCACUCUGUGAUAGCAGAGUGAAUCAUGGGAUUUUUAAACUUGGGUCAUGUUUUAUCAAAAUUUAAGAUCUGAGUCACUAAUGUGUUCAAAAGGUUUGGGGAUUGCUCCAGUGGAUAGACUCAGUCAACAGUCUUAAAACAGGCGAAAUUGGAUAAAAAGUUCAUCUAAAGUGGUCGUUUUUGUCUGCCUUUCAAAGACUCAGACAUGUGGCCACAUUCAUCAUUAAAUAGAGAAACAGUAGUGUAGGCUCUGUCAAGGACUUUUUGUCAUGGCAACAGUGGAGGAGACUUUCAGAGAACUGACCAGUUGGAGAAAACAUUGAUGUAAAAAGAGAUAAAAUACAAACAAAAAGUCUGGAAAUGUUCAAACCACCUUUUUCAGAAUUCAACACUUUUUGAUAACACAGUUUAUCUUUUCAGCGCUGUGUCAUAAAGACUAAUCCAGAGGUUCUGAUGCUGCUGCUGAAGAGGUUUGAGCUCGACUACAGUACCAAGACUUUAGUCAAAAACAACUGCAAUGUCAGCUUCCCCCACACACUAACGAUACCAGAGGUUUGAAAACACUCAGAUUUGGAUGAUUUUUCAAAUACAACUUCCUCUCUCGGUUCAAUAAUUUGAUGUGUCAUUGUUUCCAUUGGUGACCAGAAUCAGCUGUAUGAACUGUAUGCAGUUGUGGAUCAUGUUGGAGAUCUUAGAUCUGGACAUUACACAUCAACUAUCAAGUCCAGUGAGGAUGGCAGAUGGUACAUGUUCGAUGAUGGCCGGGUCACACUGGUGAGUCUUUAACCUGGGUGUUAAUUAAAGUUAAUUAUGACAAUACAGAAAAUAUCCAUCACACCUGAUUCAUACAUGUGAUGUUUGAUCUACAGCUUGAUUACCAGCCAGACCAGACAGAAAACUCUGAGAGGUAGGUCUAAGUUAUUGAUCAACAAGCAGGGAAGUGAGGGAUGUUCGAGAGUCCACCAGACCUGUUAUUAGCAAACUUUUUCAACAUGUUCAGACAAAAACAGAAUCCAAAGUCGAAAUGACCCCACUGUUUUCUCUUUCUCUCUCUCUACAAAUCCAACAGCGCUUAUCUUCUCUUCUACAGGAAACAGAAAGGUAGGACUAUGAACAUCUCGUGACACUCACCUUCUGUUGCAAUGAGUACUUUUUGAAUGAAUUCCACCCUCUUUUUUUCUAGCGCCUGCUUCAGAAGACAUCAGAGGGGUGUUCACACCUGGAGACUAUUCAACUUUAGCCUAUAAUCAACGUCAGGACACUGUCAUGGUGAACAAGGAAGUAAAAGUAGAUCCAGAUAGACAGAGAAGUGGAUUAUACAGCGGUUCUUAUGGUGUAAAGACAGGAGCAGAGAAAGUGGAACCAAAAGGUAGAAAGCUUCUGACAAAAUUUGACCUUUUGUUUAACAACACGCAAGUCAAUAGUGCUCAGAGUACGGUGAGAGAGGACCAAGCGUGGAAGCGAGGAAGCAGCAGCAGGUAUGACAGUCAGGACCAACAUCGAAAUGAGAACAUAGAUGUUCAGAGAGUGAAGGAAGUAACAAAAAGAGAGGAUGAACAUCUACAAAAGGGAACAAAAUUGAGGUCGACAUAUGUUGAAGAUACAGACAGGAGAAGCUCAGAUGAUACACAAAUCAGUGCCAAUCACUCCAUACUUGAGGCUGUGAGUGAGGAAGAAAUGCAAGAAGAUGAAGAGUACGAUGAAGACAGGGACAUCUCUUUUCUGAGUCAAACAGAGGGUGAGGAAGAAGAGUACGAUGAAGACAGGGACAUCUCUUUUCUGAGUCAAACAGAGGGUGAGGAAGAAGACAGGAAGAGCCAACCAGGAACAUGUAUAGUGAGAAUAUACGAGGAGGAAAAAAGAAUAAUGCCAAGUGUUACUUUGAGAAGCAGGGAGAAGAUGGACAUCAAGCUUCAAACUCUGCAGGCUACCUUUAUCAACAGAGGAGAGGGUGUGGGAGAUAAUCGAGAGAAAGGAAACAAUGAUGUUUUCUUUGGCGGUGAGGAUUUUCAGUCUCUCUUGAAAGGGGAAGUCCGAAACAAAAGAAUCACUCUUGACGUGCGACACAUGUUGGCAAAACUGUCACAGGAGAACAAGUUUGACAUGAUCCAGUGUCACAGUCCUGUUCCACACAAUAUUGUAACUUAA